AUGGAAAAGAAAAGAGACAGCUUUUUCCUUCAAAACAAAAAACAAAAACCAGAAAGGAAAGAAAAUAAACAAGAAUACAAAAAUAAAGAUAAAAGACAAAAAAAAUUUGAUGACAAUCGUAAUGGGUUUGAAGAGCAAAAAAUUGAAAGUGAAAAGAAACCAUUUGACAAGAAGGCUUAUAGAUUAAAGAAGUAUAGUAAAAAAUAUAAAUUAGAAAAAUGGGAAGAACAGCACAAGAAGAGAAUGUUACAUGAAUAUCAGAAAAGUAUUAAAAAUGAUCCAAUGGCAGGUACUUACAAACCUAAAACAUUUGAUGAAGACCAGACAGACUCUGCAAUUGGUCGGUUUGUAAAACACCCAGACUUAAUUGAGAAACAAUUAAGUGAAAAUGUAAAAAAAAAUAAAGAUCCAUAUUCAAAAGCUAAAGACCAGCAAGAUAAAGUGAAGCAAGAAAAAAUUAAAAAACAACAAGAGAUUGAGAAAGUUAAGCAAGAAAAAAUGCAAAAGCUGCAAGAGUAUAAAAAGAAGAAACAUGAAAGAUUUAAGAAACUGAGUAAGAAAACUAAGAAAGGUCAGCCAGUGAUGACUGGAAGACUGGAACUGUUGUUGGAAAAGAUACAAGGCUCCAAA